GCCCAUCAGACCCUCUGAACUCUGAAGAGACAAAGACCACAGCAAUGGCUGUUUCGCUCUUCUUGCGCGCGGCUGGAGGAUACACGGUCACACCUACUUCUCCACAAAACCGAGCUUCAAACAGCCAGCCGUCGACGGCCUUUUCACUCGGCUGAAUAGAACGGCGAUUUCGCCUUACAAAUUUCUUCAUCGAUUGAUUUCCACUUCCAAGAAUGGCUGCCGAGGAUUCAAGAAAACGCGCAAUGGACGCGUUGGAGAGAAGGUUUGCUGUCGCUGAAGCUGAGGUGCUGCAACAACAGAAGAGCAGCGAAAAGAGGCCGCGAUUAGAAGGAAGCAAAAGAGAAGGCAAAGGUUCUGCAGCCGCCGAUACUCGGAAAGGGAAUUUCUUUUCUUCAAGUUACUUCUCUGCUCGAGAUAUGGAAGAUAGUGGUUUGACAUAUUCAGAAAUCUCUCAUCCUGUACAUGAUAAUCUGUUAAACACCAACGCCGAGGUUCAGACUAAGAGAGGUGGGAACGCAGUGGACAAGAUUUUGCACGAUCUUUUCCAACAUGGGGAUUCUGCGCAAAAGUAUAUGCAGGGCUCCAGAAGUAAAAGAAUUGAUAGUUGGAUACUGCUGGAUAACUAUGUGCAAGGGCGCGGGAAAUCCAAGUCUUCUCGUGCUGAAGUCCUGCAAUCGCAGGCGAAGCGCUCUAAGACGCAUAUGUCCAUGAGGCAACAUAAGAAGUGUGGAUCUCUGGAGCUGCCUGAACAUCUACAGAAAUUUGAUGUCUUUAAGCCCAUGCAUGAGAUGUGGAAAGGAUAUAUGUCGCAGCUACUCAAGACCACUGGAGGAAAUCAGUUGGCUCAGUGUCUUCUUAGUGCAGACCUUCACGGUGCCAUUAUUGCAGUUGCCCAGUGUAAGAUAUCAUCUUUGACUGGAGUAAGUGGUAUUAUGAUCCGUGAAACUACAGAGACAUUCGGGAUAAUUACACAAGAUAACAAGUUUAGAGUUGUCCCCAAAAAGCUUUCAGUUUUUAUAUUCCAAGCGGAUUCCUGGAAGAUAACACUGCAAGGAGACAAGCUCACUUCAAGGAAUGCCAGUGUGCAGUCUUAGUUAUUUCAGACCAGGUACACUCUUCAGUAGCACACCAUAUAACAGGAGUGGUUCAUUAGUUCAAAGUACAACUUAGUUGUUCAACUCUAGCUUCUAGCUUAUUGGUCAAAGGUUCUUGGAUUGUACGGGUACGAGCUGGCAUUGAAACUGCUCAAACUCUUGGAGAAAUGGAGGGCUGGAGGUCAUGGGGGGAAAAGUAUUCACAGUGUAUGCUGAAAGCGUCCUUAUUUAAUACGAUUCUUGGUAGGAAACUGCAUUAGAAAUCUGAUGUAUCUUGGACUUAUGACCGGAAGCUCUGCUGCAGUUUUCAUUUGAUGGUUGGGCUAAGUCGAUCAGUGCUCCAGCCUGUGGACGCUUUUGUGAUAUCUGCAACCAAUGAUUUUGUGGUUGGAAUGCAAAGCUGCUUGUAGAACUAGAAUGUGCAAAAGGAAAGAGAAGUUAUGUAUUGUAUAAUCCAUGACAGUUCAGAACGAACACCACGGUUAGUACGACAAGGAGAAAAGCCAAAGAGUCGAAUAAGAAGAAGGCGACGGAGACUAUAGUUUGAUGUGAGGCUUGUUGUGCCGUAACCGUAAGAAUUGAUAACACAUUUCUUGAUGGAGAUAACAUUCGUUUUGAUAUGACUUCCAGGUUGAACUGACUUCCAGGAAAAUAUUGCUUGGUUUUGAUAUGGGUUAAUUGCAAGGUUGGUC